GAUAACGUUUUUAGCUCGGUUAGUAAAAUUCUUUUGCGGCUUUGCCAUCUCAUAAGCUCCACGUUUUCAUUUCCUUCUCAUUUUUUUACCCUUCUUCUCUACUCUUACUUUCAUUUUCAUCCGUCUUAAUGACACUGUUCUCUAUAAAGUUCUCCCACUAAGCUCUGCCUUUGUUCUGCUCUUUCUCUCUAUAUAUACAUCACAUUCAACAGAUUGGCUUCUGGGUUUUUAUGCUUAAACUUCACUUGCUAUCGACAAAAAUGGCCGACACCAUGCGAGUUAACUCUAGCCCUGAGACUGAGACUGAGUCCAGUUUUAACUCCUCUCCUCCUCCUCCUCCUCCUCCUCAUCAUCAUCAUCAUCAUCAUCAGCCACCUCCAUGUUCUCCGUCCUCGUCUGGUUUAUCUCCGAACCCGAAACGUAACCCCGACCCGGAAGAGAAUCCGGGGAACCCCAAGAGGGCUAGAGACAACAGUAAGCAUCCGGUGUAUAGAGGUGUCCGAAUGCGGACGUGGGGGAAGUGGGUAUCGGAGAUCCGGGAGCCCCGGAAAAAGAACCGGAUCUGGCUCGGGACUUUCUCCACACCUGAAAUGGCGGCACGUGCUCACGACGUGGCUGCGUUGAGCAUUAAAGGUAACUCAGCUAUCCUUAAUUUUCCGGAACUCGCGAGUUCUCUUCCUAGACCUGCAUCCAACUCCCCUAGAGACGUCCAAGCCGCCGCAGCUAAAGCCGCUUCAAUGGACAUCAACAUUAGCAACAGCAACAACGAUGAUCACCCCAACCACGACAAUAACUGCACCAGAAACAAUAAUGCAUCAUCAUCCUCAACGCUGACGCAAUCUUCAUCCUCUUCAACGGCAGAGGUGACGUCAUCACCGUGUGACGUGGCAUCACCAGAUGAGCUGAGUGAGAUAGUAGAGUUACCGAGUCUGGGGUCGAUUUUCGAAGAAUCGCCCGAGUUAAGUGACGAGUUCGUGUUCGGCGACCCGUGGCUAUAUAAUCUACCGUGGUACGAGGAUUACUGCGGGGGCAGUGGGUAUAUCAGUGAUAAUCACUUACCAGUAAUGCCAGAGAGUGUCAUUACCAGUAGUUUUGAUGUUUUUUUGUGGGGAAAUUAGUGGGUUUUAAUUAAAAUUUUCCCUUUAUUUUUUUUUUUUAAUUUUGGUGUGAUUUUAAUUUUAUAUACAUUUAUAUAUAUACAAUUUUUCUCAUUGAAGAGAUGAAAUACUUUUCUUACUUC